CGCGUGACGCCGUAAUGGAUUUGCUGCUGAGUGACGAAGGAGAGGGUGCUGGUGUGGGGAGUGGUGAAGGAGAGAGAGAGAAAUUUCCCUGUGGAGAAUGUGGAAAGGAGGUUAAAGACAACGACGAGGCAAUCUACUGUGAGAGUGGCUGCGAGCAGUGGUACCACAGGUGGGUGUGGCCUGAUCACGUGACCCAUUUGUUGCAGCAUCCGUUGGGGUGGCAGGAAGAUGAGUCUAGUGAAAGAAAGGGAGUGCACGGGGAUGAGUAAAGUGGCAUACGAUCUCCUGACGACAGAGGACUCUGCCGAAUGGGCCUGCAACCUCUGCAUCACCCACAAGGCCAUUCCCAUGAUAAAGAUGGUUGUCAAAACAUGACUCACCCUCAUGUUGUUGUGUACAUUAUACCAUUCUUUCUAUUUCCUGUGUAAAGUUUGUUUUCAUAUGCUCUGUAUUUUGCUUCCCACUCAAAGAAUUUGUUUGCUUCUCUGAACAGUGGAGUG